AUGGACUCUAUCACUUCACCUCCACCAUGUUUAAACACCGUCAGCGUCCGCCGGAAUCCUCCCCGGCGGGGUAGGGCAACGCCGAUGAAAGCUCCAGUUCCUAUUCAACUGGAAGAAUUCCAGUCGACCACCAUACCGGAUCCGCCAACUUACCCCGUUGCUUCUCAAGCUCCGCCAUCCGAGAGUCUCAAGGUUUUCCUCAGAAUCAAGCCGGUUGUGCUCGCCACAGCGGCGUCGGCGUCCAAGCUACUCGUAAAAGCCACCAGGUCGAGGGCUAAGAAUGCCUGGCCUCAAAACCCUACAGCCAAGAAGAAUUCCGCCAAGGAGCAGCAGCCAGCGAAGAAGAGCGAAAGUCAAAUAUGCAUAUCUGUGAUCAACUCCCGCUCAGUGACGAUAUCUCCGCCGCCGUCGCUGAUCGAUUCGAAGACGAUAAAAUCAGAGGUUUACGAACGGUUCUCUCACGUCUUCGCUCCAGAUUUCUUGCAGGUAUCCAUCCUCAGAGUUCGAUUGUCGCACUCUGCAAUUCUAAUUCUGUGGUCUAGCGGUUCAGGCAAAACUCAUACUGUCUUCGGGACUCCAAGAGAGCCUGGAAUUGUUCCGCUUGCACUUGAGCACAUUUUCAAGCAAUCUAAGGCCAUGGGUCAUAAGUUUUCGAGGUCAUUUCAUCUAUCAAUCUUUGAAAUAUAUUCUGAAAGAGGUAAAGGCGAAAAAAAGUGUGACAUGAUUCCAGAAAGAGUAGAAUCCGGGUUACAUUCUACUACCAAAGGGGUUCAGGAGGCAAGAUUUACUGUCCAUGCUGUCGUAGUUUCUAAUGCGUCUGAGGCUGAAUCAUUGAUUGCUUGUGCAAUGUUGAAGCGUGCAACAGUCAUGGCCAACACAAACAGUCAAUCUAGACCUCAGAUUUUGGUGGUGAUCUUGCAGGGGGCGAAAUUGCUGGAAAGCAGUUUCAUCAACAACACGUCUAUGGUCUUCGGCUUAUGCCUCAAGAGCAUUACUGGAGCACCAGAAGAAUCCCAAGAAACCGUUACAGAAGCAUUUUCAGAACUCUUUGUCCCAGAGGCAUCAAUUAUGGACAAAUCAGACUCUGAGUCAUUCACAAGGGAGAGAAACGACAUCAUAGUGCAGAACUUUGCUAAAGAGUUGAAGCAAUACAAAGAAAAGCUUCUGUUUUUCGUCUGGGAUCGCGUCUUGUUUAUCAAAGACCUCAGAAAUGAAAUGGAAGUUGAAAGUGUUGGUGAAAGCCUCAGAAAUGAAAGGGCUAGACGCUUUGAGCUAGAAAAGGAACUUGAGCAUUUGAAGCUACGAUGUACUUGCUCCAAGGAACAGACAGCGGAAGCCACCUUAAGAAAAGUUGACGGGGUAAGCGAACGUGUCUCUGUAUCCAGGACUUGUCAUUCUCCAAAGAGUGCUAAAUCUUAUUCAAAACAGAUAUGUUCUGUCUCGGAACCCAUGCCUUGUGAUUCUCCCCAGAUUACUGAGUCUAUAUCAAAACAGAUCUGUUCUGUCCCGGAACCCAUGCCUCGUGAUUCUUCAAAGAGUACGGAAUCUAUUUCAGAACAGAUUCAACAAGAUUCUGAACAACUUGCUCCAACGAAUGCAGCCAAUUGUUCUCAAAGCAGUAGCAGCCCUCAAGAAUCAGGCAUCAAUGAAGUACAUGACCAGGAAGCAACAGAAGACCAAACGGCGAGUACUUCUGGGGACCUUCGAGACGAAAAGGCCGAAUGUCUUGAUCUUGAGCUGGACCUCGUUAAGGCUCAGCCAGCAGUUGUUCAGAGGAAACUUCGAAUCUAUCAACUUCUGUUGCAGUAG